UGAUCCACAAACACCAGCAGUGGGAGAACACAUCACGAGCACAAGCUUGUAUCCUGACCUAACAUCUUUACACAAUGUCCAGUGAUGAUCCAGAAACCAGCGCAGCACUUCAGGCCUCCGGAGAGCCCACUUUGAAAAAAGCAACACAAAAAGCACGAAAACAAAUCGAUCAGCUAUUUAACAUCUCACUUCACAUCGCUGUAACUGGAGAAUCAGGCACAGGAAAGUCAAGUUUUAUCAACGCAAUCAGAGAGCUGGACCAUGAUGAUGAAGGUGCAGCUAAAACUGGAGUUACUGAAACCACAACUGAGCCAAGAUCUUACGAACAUCCCACAAUGCCCAACGUAAUCCUUUGGGACUUGCCUGGAAUCGGAACGCCAAAGUUUAAAGCUCGUAGAUACCUUAAAACCAUGGAGUUCAGCAGGUACGACUUCUUCAUCAUCAUAUCAUCUGAGAGAUUUAAAGAGAAUGACAUUCUGCUGGCUAAAGAGAUCAAAAAAAGGAAAAAGCUCUUUUACUUUGUAAGAUCUAAGAUAGACAAUGAUAUUCGAGCAGAGGAAAAGAAAAAGGGCUUUGACCGGGAAGAAACACUCUCACGGAUCAGAAUAAACUGCCGAGAAAACUUGAAAGAAAUUGACAAUCCAAAAGUUUUUCUCAUAUCGUCGGAAGACAUAAAAGCAUUUGAUUUUGAAAAGCUCAUUGAAACUCUGAUGUCAGAUCUCCCGCAGCACAAACAGUCUGCUCUGCUGCAGUCAGUGCCCAUCACCUCCAUAGCCAUAUUAAAAAGAAAGGUGAAAAUGUUUGAGAAAGCAGCGUGGGCCGCAGCCCUUUGCUCCGGAGCCAUUGCUGCAGCUCCAGUACCUGGGCUCUCGGUGGCUUGUGAUGCCACUAUCUUGGUGGCUUUCUUUACGAGGUGUUAUUACUCAUUUGGCCUGGAUGAUAAAUCCCUGAAAAAACUGUCUGAGCGAGUCAACAAGCCAGAGCUGGAAUCUUUUAUAAAAUCACCUCUUGUAGUGGCGUUGGCAACGAGAUCCACGGCGAGAGUGUCGGUAUCAGCAGUGGCCGGAGGAGCUGUGCUGGAGUACCUGUGCAGCUUGGUGCCUGGUGUGGGAAGUGCUGCAGCAGCUGGGGUUUCUUUUGUUUGUACUUUAACGCUUUUAAAGAAUGGACUGAAUGAACUUGAACAUGCAGCACUGAAGCUGCUAAAAGAGGCGGGGCUAGAGUGACAAGAAAGUGCCAAAAGUGAUACAAUAGAAGGGUGUGAGCCUUGGCAGUAAUGAAACUAGUGCAAUGUUUCAAAUCAA